AUGGUGAAAACGAAUGUGGAGAAACCUGCGGCGGAACGAAGUGAUUCAUUGUUCCGAGGAGUGAGGAAGAGGAAGUGGGGAAAGUAUGUGUCGGAAAUCAGAUUACCAAACAGCCGUCAAAGAAUAUGGUUAGGCUCUUAUGACUCCGCAGAAAAAGCGGCGCGUGCAUUUGACGCGGCUAUGUUCUGCUUACGUGGCAGUGGUGCAAGGUUUAAUUUCCCAAAUGAUAUUCCUGAUAUUGCCGGAGGUAGGCUCAUGACCCAUUCUGAGAUUCAAGAAGCCGCCGCCCAAUUUGCCAAUUCGGAGCCCUGUAAUGAGUAUUCGGGUCGAACUGGUAAUAGUCCGGAUCAAACACCAUCUUCUUCGGUGGGAACACCGAUCACUCCAUUGUUGCCUAUGGAGUUUCCAUCUCCUGCUCUCUCCGAUGUUACAGUUCAAACAGAGAGUGACAUAGCGGAUAACGGGUUGUUUAGGGAUUUGUUUUCAGACACCGGUUCGGGUUACACUAUGUUUCCGGGGUUUGAUGAUUUUUACGGCGAGUUUUACGUGCCGGAGUUCACAAAUUUUGAUUAUGAACCAGAGAAGAUGGAUGAGUUGAUAAUUUACGAUUCCUUUUUAUGGAGUUUCUAA